UUUCGCCCGUGCACGAAAUUACACGAAGCUCGGCAGGUUUUCCGGCAGAGCUGCUUUGUAAACAAGGUCAGAGAGAGGAAUUCUGCAGAAAGAUACACACAGCGCUUGACAUCGGUUGAAGGCAUCUCACCAGGCUUUUUGAAACACCUGUGGACUGCAAAGUACAGGUCCAAACAGCAGUUGCUGAAGAAGCUCACGAGCCCGCAAAGAUGAUGAAAGAGUGCCUGCAGUUCUUCAUCGAGCCCGCCAAGAACCUCAAGACCCGCUUCAAGGAACUGCUCAUAGUUGUGAACAAGAGGAGCAAGGAUCUUAGACAGCCUCGCUCCAGGACACAAGCAGAGGACUCUCGAAAGAAAGCAAGGCUUGAGAAGAAGGAGCCGCUGGUGGAAUGCCAGCUCUUCGUCAUGGAGCUGGCCAGGGAGCUGAACCGAGUGUGCCAGGGCUCAGACGUGCUGAAGCACAUCUGGAUGAGCGAGGACAUCUGGACCCCCACAGAGUGCCAGAAAUUCAUCCUGGACUGGGCUGCCGUACUGGAGAACAAGUUGCAGCAGAGGCCAAUGCAGACAGAUGGCUGGCCGGAGGAGGGCGACCCCCAACGUCAGAUGUGGGAGCAGCAGGAGUGCAAGAUGGAGGCGGCCAAGAGAGUCAUCCUAGACUGGAUGAGAGAGCUGAAGGCAAAGCCUGAGCGGAGCAUGUGGCCAGGUGAGCCAGUGCUCCUGAUUUUGGAAGACCUGGAGACUCAAUGGAAACGUGGUCGCUUGCCCAGCCUGUUGUCAGCUAUGGAGCUCCUGCUGUGGGCUGUGAUGGGAGAGGGCAUGGACAAGGGAUCAAUUCCCCAGCUGUGGCUUUCUAAGAAGCAGAGAUCACAAAAAAUUGAUGCUGCAAGAUACAUUCCUCACUCAGUGUGGAACUGGAUCUGUGAUGCUUCAGUUGAGGUGACUCUGGAUCCUGAUACCGCAAACCCAGACCUUGUCCUGUCGCAGGAUGACAAGAGGAUGAGGUGUGGCUUUGAGCGGAAGGACCUGCCCAACUACCACCAGCGCUUCGAUGGCUGGUGGUGUGCCGUGGGGAUGGAGGGCUUCACCUCCGGGAGGCACUACUGGGAGGUAGAGGUGGGAGAGAGCGACUGGAGGCUGGGGGUGGCCAAGGAGUCGGCCCUGAGGAAGGGCUUCAAGUCCCUCAACACUGACACGGGCUACCUCACUCUCCGCCUGGAGAGGGGCAGCGAGCUAAAAGCCCUCACGGUGCCCUUCACCCCUCUCCCUCCAAGCCUUAUCCCCCGCAAGGUGGGCAUGUAUCUCGACUACAAGGAGGGUCAGCUUUCCUUCUACAAUGUGGAGACCAGGUCUCACAUCUACACCUACAGUGAGCCGUUCACAGAGAAACUCUACCCUCUCUUUGGCACUGUGGAGGUGGUAAAGGACCUGGUGAUCAGGUCUGCGGGCAUAAAAGAACACUGCUUCUGCCCUGGCCAGUGUCUGUGGGGCUGAGCUGUAACACCUGUUACAGAUAAGAAUUGAAAAAGAAAACGCAUCUGUUGAGAGUAGACUGAUAAUCGACCACUGCAAAACCAGUAUGCUUUCAGCUAACUGCCUGUACUGUUGCUGCUACUGAAUGAUUCUUCAUUCCCGCAAGCUAGAAUGUGCUAUUAGCUUGUGCUGUGUAUUAUCUUAUAAUGAAAUAAAAUAUUGUCAUGUUGUUGCUGACUUGUACAAUCCGGAACUUGCAAUAAUGAUGCACAUUAUGUGAUUAAUAAAUAUAAGAAAUUAAAGAUG